AUGCUUCGCCGCACACCCACCACAUCAGAUGGUAAAGCCGUCGACAGACUCCAGGAGAGUGCACGAGUCAAUAAACCGUUCAAGCCACCAACCCUGGUCACCGCUCGCGACCAGCCAACAAGGAAGCGAAAACGCGUCUCAUACAAAGGUGCCCAGGCAGAAGAGAAUGACUCGGACUCAGACUCAGGGCGUACGUCAAAACGUAAGAAAACGGACAAGGAUGGCACCUGGACAGAAGAAGAAAUUCGCGCAGCCAUCAAGACCUAUCCCGUUUACAAGCCUAAACCACUUGAUACAUCGCGCAGAUUUUCAAUGCCUUCAAUGAGAAAUUCCAGCGGUGUCGAAGUGCUACUCACUCCUAGCAACAUCUCCUUGGGUAUUCGUCCUCAGGCCAAGCUUAUACCUCGACCGUUGCAUAAUCCCAUGCAAGACCAUGCUAUCGUUUUGUAUGAUCCCACCAUAGACGAUCGCGAAACCGAUGAGGAUCGACAAGAGCGUAUCAAAGAAGAGGCAAGAGCGAAGGCAGAACAAGAAAAUCAGAUGAAAGCGGCUGGCCUUUACAAUCCGCACAAGAGCUUGAGAGCGAUACUUGGUGAGGAUAAGCCCAGGGAAACGGUCCCCAAGGUCCCCGUGGUAAUCGAUCCUAUCCUGUCCAAGGUCCUUCGUCCGCAUCAGGUGGAGGGCGUGAAAUUCUUAUACAAAUGCACUACUGGCAUGGUGGUCGAGAACCAAUACGGUUGCAUCAUGGCGGAUGAAAUGGGACUGGGGAAAACUCUGCAAUGUAUAGCUCUCUUGUGGACUCUUGUUAAGCAGUCACCCCGUCCUGGAAAACCGACCAUCGAGAAAUGUAUCAUCGCUUGCCCUUCCAGUUUAGUCAAGAAUUGGGCCAACGAACUCUCUAAGUGGCUGGGCAAAGAUACGAUCUCAGCAUUAGCGGUUGACGGUAAAGGUGGGAAGGGUGAGCUUUUAGAAAAAGUUGCGCGUUGGGUUGCUGCUAGUGGCCGCAAUGUUACACAACCCGUAAUGAUUGUAUCGUAUGAAACUCUCCGCACCCUCACGGCACACCUCGCAAGUUGUAGCAUUGGCUUGUUGCUAUGUGACGAAGGACAUAGAUUGAAGAACUCGGAGUCGCUUACUUUUCAAGCUCUUAACUCGCUCGACGUGAGGCGGCGAGUGAUCCUGACUGGAACGCCUAUUCAAAAUGACCUCUCUGAGUAUUUUUCUUUACUGAAUUUCGCAAACCCCAACUUUCUUGGAAGCAAAGUCGAUUUCAGGAAAAACUUUGAGAAUGCUAUCAUUCGAGGGCGAGACGCCAAUGCAAGCGAUGCCUUUCAGGCUGAAUGCGAGAAAAAGCUUAAAGAACUUGGAAAUCUCGUCACCAAGUUCAUUAUUCGCAGAACGAAUGACCUCUUAUCCAAGUAUUUGCCCGUCAAGUACGAGCACGUCGUAUUCUGCGGCCUUUCGGAAUUCCAGCUAUCGCUGUAUCGCCUCUUCAUUUCGUCUCCGGAAAUCAAGGCCCUUCUUCGUGGCACCGAGUCUCAGCCAUUGAAAGCGAUCAACAUGUUGAAGAAGCUUUGCAAUCAUCCACAACUACUCAACUUGCCUGAUGAUCUGCGUGGUUCUGACCAUCUUAUUCCUGACGAUUUCUCCGGUUCCAAUUCGUCUGGACGAGGCAAAACUCAAAACUUAAGAUGUGAUUGGGGCGGGAAAUUCAUUGUCCUCGAGAGGUUCUUGCACCAGAUGCGUACGACAACCAACGACAAAAUCGUGCUCAUAAGCAAUUACACUCAGACUCUGGAUCUAUUUGAGAAACUCUGUAGAAGUAAAAAAUACGGCUAUUUCCGCCUCGAUGGUACAAUGUCCAUUACCAAGCGACAAAAACUUGUCGACCAAUUCAACAAUCCUGAAGGGAAAGAGUUCAUCUUCUUAUUGAGCAGCAAAGCAGGAGGGUGUGGCAUCAACCUGAUUGGCGCCAAUCGUCUGAUCUUGUUUGACCCUGAUUGGAACCCUGCCGCUGAUCAACAGGCUCUCGCCCGUGUCUGGCGUGACGGCCAGAAGAAAGAAUGUUUCGUAUACCGUUUCAUCUCGACGGGGACGAUAGAAGAGAAAAUCUUCCAACGUCAAGCUUCUAAGCAAGCGCUCUCCUCUGCUGUUGUCGACGAAAAGGAAGAUGCAGAGCGUCACUUUUCUCUAGAAGCGCUGCGUCAACUUUUCUUGUUCAAAGAGAACACCUUGAGUGAGACUCAUGAGACAUUCAAAUGCAAACGAUGCAAGGAUGGGCGUCAGGUUCUGAAGUCGCCUGCGCUGCUGUACGGUGAUGCCAGCACAUGGAAUCAUUUCACUAACAAGGAGUUGGAGAACAUCCAUGACGAUCUUUUGCGUGCCGAAACAGGAUUGCCAGAUAUCUCAUUCGUGUUCCAAUACAUCAGCCACUGA